AUGAGCAAUGAAGAAUAUCGGGUUUACUCGAAAAGAUGGAUUUAUUUAUUGGCAUCUUGUAUGAUACAAUUUUCAAAUGGAAAUGUUAGUCAGCAAGAAAAGGGAUAAUGUUUAUGAGAUUUUAUUUGUACUUUUUUUAGACGUGGAUCACUUAUGCGGCUAUUACAUUUUAUACCAACGAUUAUUAUGCAAAUAAUAAUGCGGCUCUUUUGUUCAAUGUUAUUUUUAUGGUUUUGUCAAUACCUGUUGGAUUUUUGGCGUGUUGGUGGAUUGACAAGUUUGGAUUGAGAAGUGCUGUGAGUUUUUUGAAAUGAGUUGCGAUUUCGAAAGAAAUUCUGCAAAAAUCAUGCGAAGGUAUUCAGAUAACACAUUUGAAAACCUGGAUCACUCAUUAUUUUUUUGAACCAAGGUUCAUGAAUUCUAAAAAUAGGUUCAAGUAUUAUUUUUGGAAUAUAUUUGAAAUUUAAUCAAGAGACACAAAACUUGUGUUAUAUUUCUUAGAGAAAAUAUAUUUACCCAGCGCUUUAUCAAAAAUUUGUGGAGUCAGACUACCCAUUUCCAAUUACUUGAAUUUUUUAAAAGUCCUCCAGCUCAACCUAUUCAACUAAUCAAUCUCUACAAUACACCCCUCAUGAAACUUUUAUUCAAUAAAAACAAUAUUUCUGAAACAUAAUUUCAACAAAAAAGAACAUUGGAACGGAAAAUUGAUCCCUAAACCUUUCUCUUAUCAUCUUAAACUUUUUCAGUAUCACAUUGGUGUUUGGUCAAAUUUUAUCGGAAAUGUUAUACGGCUCGUGGCUUCUGGUUCGUUUAUCGAGCCCAAUUUGAGGUUCGUAAAUUCACUUUCUUGUUGUUUCAGCAAAUUGAUAAUAGUUUUUAUUACGAUUUUAUCAGAAAAAAAGCAACUUGGUUUCAAAGAAACAUGCUUUUUUCGUACAAAGAAAGUUCUAUUUGAUAAAACUACAAAAUUACAUGGAUUAUGUAUGCGUUUUCUCGUGUUCUUUGGGUUAAUAGAAAAAAUGAUAUGAAACAUUGAAUUUUUGAUCUGUGUUUGAACAUUUGACACUUGAGUUUUAUUUCAAAAAUGUGAAAAGAUUAUUUUUGACAAUAACGCAUUCAAAACAUUGUUCACAAUGAACGCAUUUUUCCGGAACCGAAGCGAUUCAAACAAUGAGAAUUGACUUUUUUUUAUAAACUUUGAAAAAAAAAUUAAAAUUGAGAAAAAUAGAGAAACAAUAAUUAAUUAUUUUUUAAACUUUAAAAUAUUCAAAAUUUUUAAGUUUCUAUUUAAAGGUGUGCCUUCAAGCAUUUCAGAAACAAAAUCCUAGAAACCCUUUCCAAAAUCGAAAUUUUUAUUUUCCAGAUUCCCUAUUGCUUUCACUGGCCAAGCUGUCGCUGCAUUUGCUCAACCAUUUGUCAUGUUCCUACCCACAAAACUGGCAGCUUACUGGUUCGCAGAUAAUGAAAGAGCCUUGGCAAACACUCUCGCAUCAAUGUCAAAUCCAAUCGGUAUUGCUGUAAUGUAUUCUAUCGCACCUGUAUUUGUUAACAGAACUACUCCUGACAAUUUUUUCAAUAUGGUGAGAUUGAUUUCAUUUUAUUUUGCAAACAAAAAUGAUGUACAUUCAAAAAACUUUGCUUUUUUGAUUACAAAAGGAAACAUCUUUUGAUAGAUAACAACAUUUGCUGAUCAGCGGAAGGAAAAUGUUAUCAACAGGAAUUGGAAUUGGAGUUAAAAAUAAAAUAAAUAUUAUUGUUCCAGAAUAUUGCCGUGACAAUUGUUGCAAUAAUCCCCGUGUUUUUAUCAAUUUUCAUCAAUUCGUCCAAACCACCAACUCCAGCAACACCUUCAAAGGGAUUCAGAUGUUCAAGCACCACCAUUUUUCGAAGGUGUAAAAAGAUGUUUCCGCUCUAGAACUUUCAUAAUUCUUGGAAUCUGUCUUGGUGGAGGUGUUGGUCUUUUCAACGCACUUUAUAAUAAUCUCCAACCAGCAUUAUGUGUAAAAGGAUAUGACCCAACAUUUAAUGGUGGAAUGGGAUCUUUAUUAAUUGGAAGUGGUUUAGUUGGAGCUGCAGUUAGUGGAAUUAUUGUUGAUAAAUGGGGACAAUUUGAAAGAGUUAUGAAAAUUGCAUUUUGUAUUGCUGGUGUAGCUGGUGCAAGUUUAGCUAUUUGUAUUAAUUAUGAAAAUGUGCAAUGGUGGGUGAUUGCGUCGAUUUUCGUUUUCGGAGCUGGUGGAUUCUCAGUCUUCCCAAUUGGACUCGAAAUGGGAGUUGAGGCAACGUUUCCUGUCGCUGAAGCCACUUCAACUGGAUUGAUCAUUAUGAUCGGGUGAGCAGUUUUUUCUUUGUUACAGAAAAACAAAAUAAAAAAGCAUUGUCUGGAAUAAUUUUUUGAAAAGAAAUCAAAUCUGGAAUUUUACGUUCCAAUAAAUUUCAAUUCAAAACAAAAAAUGCGCAAAAAAUAUUUUCAUUCGUGAGAUAUUUGUUCAGAUUUUCAGAAAAAUUAUUUUAAUUUUUUUCCCUCAAAUUUAAAUUCAAAUUCAGAGAAACGUUUAAUCGAAUUCCAUAGAUCAAAUCUUGAUAAUGUUCAUUUUCAUCCCAAUUUUUCAGACAAGUUCAAGGAGUGUUUUUCGUCAUUAUGACCAAUCUAGCCGUCGGAAAACCAACACCACACGAUUUGGCUAUUCAAACCUGCGUCGAUGCUAAUCAAAAUAUCAACACUGUACUCACCUGGAAAUGUAUGUUUUUCUUCCGAACUUUUCUGCCCUAACCAACAUUUUUAUUCAGGGCCAUUUUUGAUCUGGCUCAUCUGUCUUUGCAUCUUGAUUGUCUUAUUUGUCAUCUUCUUUUGGCCAAAAUACAAACGACGAAACUACGAACAGGGUCAACGAAUUGCCAAAACUCAAAAUGAUUUCAGUUUGGAGUGUGAGAAAACACGGGUUUAA